UGGGAUCACUGAAUGUUUACCAGUCCUCAAACUCCAGCCAGAAGCUUAUCUUCAACCAGACAGGUCAUCAUGGUGAUGUGUGGCUUCAGGGAUCAGCUAACCUUACCUCUGCUAUACCUUACACUGUUAUCUUUGAAGGUGUUAAGGGAGCAAACUACACCAGUGACAUAGCCUUAGAUGACAUUUCUGUGUUAUUGGGUGCCUGUUCUCAACAGUCAACAAACACAGAUGCUGCCACUACACCAAUACCACCAUUGCUGCUGCUUGGUCUUGGCUGUGAUUUUGAGAUUGACUGCUGUCAGUGGACACAAGAUAUGACCGAUAAGCUAAAUUGGACACGACAGCAUGCUCAUCAUCAAUUUCCAGCGCAGGCCCCAGAUUUGACCACACACAAGGAGACAGUCAAGGGUACUUUGUAUACAUUGAACCCUCUCAGCAUGAUACCAAUGACUCAGCCCGCCUUCGCAGUCCCACAUUCAGCACCUCAGGACCAACAUGUGCAACUUUCUGGUAUCACAUGUAUGGCAUCAAAGUGAACCAGCUGAACUUGUAUCUUGGGAGCCCUGGACAACUGGGUAGCAGAAUCUGGACAAGGUCUGGCAGCCAGGGCUUCAUGUGGCUGUAUGCAGAGGUUGAAAUAGGAGCUGUUUCUUCUGCACAACUUGUAUUUGAAGCUGUUCAUGGCAAUGAUUAUGAGGGAGAUAUAGCAUUGGAUGACAUAAAUGUAUUGAAUGGGUCCUGUCCUGAAACACCAGCAUUUUGCGAUUUUGAAGAUAGGUAUGCUUGUGGAUUUGUGCAAGAUACUGAUGACAUGUUUGACUGGUCACUAAACUGUGGAUCAGUUCCAGCUUCAGCAUUGUGUCCUGCAGGAGAUCACACAUAUGGAACAGGACAAGGUCACUUCAUGUAUUUACAAACCAUUCCACAACAGACUGGUGAUGAAGCUCAUAUGCUGAGCAAGCCAUACAACCCGACCUAUGGUAGCUGCCUCUCUUUCUGGUAUUACAUGGAAGGGACUGAAGUAGGAAUUCUUUAUGUCUACAUGAGGCCUGAAGGACAUUCAUUACAAACCUCAACUCAGCUGUGGUCCUUGAGUGAGGACCAAGGUCCUUAUUGGCACUUUGCCACAGUCGAUAUUGAAAGUAUUGAAAGAUUCCAGUUGGAAUUUGUGGGAUACGUUGUGGGUAGCACCGAAAGCAGUAUUGCACUGGAUGAUAUCCUUGUGAUGCCUACAACCUGUCUUAAAUCAGCAGACUGUGAUUUUGAGCAGGGUGGUAUCUGCAGCUGGACUCAAAGUAAUAGAGAUGACUUUGAUUGGCUUGUAAACAGUGGGGAAAUGGGUUCUUUGGACUCUGGACCUGCAAGUGACCACACAACUGGUACACAAAGUGGUGAAUACAUCUAUCUUAAAACAAGCCAGUCAGGAGGUGCAGCAGCAUUGGUGUCUCAGAUAAUAUCAUUUAAUCCUGAUUUUUCCCAGUACUGCUUUACAUUUUGGUACUACAUGCCAGUAUCCCCAGCUGGCACUCUUUCUGUCACCUGGGUAGUUGCUUCAGCUGGUUUAGAUUCCACAAUUGGCAUGUAUCUCAGUGGCAGUCAGGGAAACAAAUGGAUUCAAGGCUUUAUGGAUAUUGAGGAAGACAUUUCUGCUUUCACUAUGGCAAUAAAUGGAACAGUAGGAAGUGACAGCCAUGAUGUCAUUGCGCUAGAUGACUUUAGACUUUAUCAUUACAAUUGCUCACAAGUUAAACAGAUGACUGGUGUUGCUCGUCAUUUCAUGUGCAAUGAUGCAGCCAACACAAUAGUUACACAGGAAAAAGUUUGCAAUUUUAUCAGAGACUGCCCUCCACCAUACUUGGAUGAAAUGAACUGUGGUGACUGUAGCUUCCAGAACGGUUACUGCCAGUGGACAAAAAACAGUAGUAGUAUUUGGCAGUGGAUGUUGGGCAGUGGCCAGUCUCAUCCUGGCCAUUCUGCUCCUAUGUAUGACCCCAAUGGCAGUCCUACAGACAGCUUCCUGUAUCUGACCAGAGAUGUUGGUACUCAGAGUGCAUUUUCUGACAUCUACAGUAUUGUCUUUGGUCCCUGCAGCUCCACAUGUCAAAUAUUGCUGUUCUUCUACAUUUCCGGGCAAGCUUCACAGGUAAGAGUCCUGUUAGAGCAGGGGGAAGAGAAAACAGUCCUAUGGGUAACUAAUGGACAAGAUACUGACAAGUGGAUGGAAGCCACCGUCUAUAUUUUACGUGUGCCAACUUUAUUCAGGAUACACAUUCAAGGAUACACUGAUCCUACUUCUCCAUUACAAAGCAUUGUAGCAGUAGACGAUGUUCAGUUCAUUAAUUGCAAUUUUCCAGCACCAGGUAAUUGUGACAACAGUCAAAGUCAGUUCCACUGCAAGAGCUCUGCCUGCAUCCCAAUGGCGGCUGUCUGUGACUUCACCGAUGACUGUGGUGAUGGCAGCGAUGAAGUGUCUUGUGACACUUAUCCAUCACGCACAGACUUUGAGCAGAGCCUUGGUAUCUGGUACAAUGACCAUUCAGGAUCAGACAACUUUGAUUGGACCCGUACACAUGGUUCAACCAGUACAACUGGAACUGGCCCUUCACGUGAUCACAGCAGAGGAACAUCAAAUGGUUACUAUGUGUACAUAGAAAGUUCUGUACCCAGGAAACCAAGUGAUAAAGCUUGGCUUGUGAGCAGUAAUGCCUUUAACCCGACAUUGGGAUCUACAUGUGUACUGCGUUUCUACUAUCACAUGUUUGGAGCAAACAUUGGUAGUCUUAACGUGUAUACCCGUUUGUCCCUUCUUGGAGACCUGAAGCAGAUUCUUUCUCUGACUGGAAAUUAUGGUGAUGCAUGGAUGCGCAAAGAUGUUACAUUUCAAGAGACUGAAUCAUUCCAGAUUGUCAUUGAAGGAGUCAUUGGAAAUGGUGACCAAGGUGACAUUGGCAUUGAUGAUAUCAGCAUGACACCUGUUUGUCAGGUGUCUACAGAUCCAUUCCCCACUGGCUCACCUCCUUUACCUACUCAGCCUGCUUCCUGUUCAGCAAAUCAGUUUGCUUGUGAUGGCAACCAUUGCAUCCCACAGACCCAAGUGUGUGACUUCCAGCAGCAAUGCAAUGAUGGCAGUGAUGAGCUCAUGUGUGGUGACUGCUCAUUUGAAAAUGACCUUUGUGGAUGGAGGGAUCAUAGCACAGGACAGUUUGCCUGGGUCAGGAAGUCUUCUAAUGACAGUGCAAUAACUGGUGGGCCUACUUCAGAUGCUGAUGGCUUGGUAGGAGGUGGACAGUAUAUGUUAGUUCAGCCCACUAUGGGUGUGACAAAGGACCGUGCCAGACUGAUGUCUCCUGUAUUCAAUGCUUCUGGUACCACGUGUCACCUGAGUUUUAAAUAUCACCUGUUUGGUGAUAGUGCAGGUAGCCUUAUGAUUCUUCUCCAGAAAGCAGUGGAUAUUGGCACGGACGUUGGCAUUUCUUUAUGGCACUACACAGGCAAUGCUGGCAACACUUGGCAUUUGCACUCUGUUGACAUAGGGCAGAUAGACUUUCCCUUUGUGGUUACAUUUGCUUCUUUGCCAGAUCCUGGGUUUGGUUCAUAUGAUGUGGCAAUUGACAGCAUUGACUUUGAGGAUUGCCAUCCUGGUCAGAUUCUUAAUAGCACAGCCUGUUAUUCUGGAUUCUGCAUGAAUGGUGGUCAUUGCUCAGUUGUGGCUGGUGUAGGACCAACUUGCAUCUGUGUCAGCAACUACACUGGGUUCAACUGCAGUACACCACCAGGUCUUAGGCAAUCAAACCAACAAGCCAGAAAUGAUAACUGGAAGACACCUGUGGGUGUGACUUUGGGACUCCUUGGUGUUGCAGCAACCCUAGGAACUGCUGUGUAUUUUAUCCGAAGAAACAGGAGAUCUGGCCUCAGAUUUUUAUUUGCGUUCCGCCGCUGGCAUUGGACUAGAAGAGGCAGAAGAGGCAGCAACAUAACUAAUCCUAUUUUUGGUGAUGGUGUAGUGGACACUGAUAAUGUGAUGCAAACUGCUGAAGACUCAGCUGACACUGCUAGUCAAGUUCCUCAAGAUUAAAGUAACUUUGUUGACCAGAUUCCCAAGUCUCAGACCAACAAACAGGAAUUAUAUCAUUUGGCACAGCUGUAUCAGUUUACUCCCCUCUACAUAGAUGCUUGAUAAUAUCUGUAUAAAUGUGACAGUGUUGCACUUGGAAAGAGAUGUUAAUAAAUAUUUAUGAGAAAACUGU